CUGUUUGACACUUGGAUAGGACUGUCUGCGUCCCAACAUGAACCAAACUGCCACCGUAUCACACCAAGUGAAAUGCCAAUCUACGAAGACCAUCAAGGACCUGGGGGGGGGGAGUCCUCCACAGAGGAACUGGAAAGGCAUUGCCAUCGCCUUGCUGGUCAUCCUGGUGGUCUGCUCUCUCAUCACCAUGUCCGUCAUCCUCCUCACCCCGGCCGACAGCCAACCUGGAAGUGACACUAAGCUGUCUGUGGAGGAUCUGUUCAGACCGGAGUUCCAGGUCCACGACCCGGAGGCCAAGUGGAUCAAUGACUCAGAAGUCAUCUACAGAAACAGUGAUGGCCACGUCAUCAAGUUCAACAUCCUGACGAACGAAUCUGAGAUUGUCCUGACAAACACCACAUUUAUUAAUUUCAAUGUGGCAAAGUACUCCGUCUCCCCUGAUCUGAAAUAUGUGCUCUUCGCCUAUGAUGUGAAACAGGUUUACCGCCACUCCUACAUGGCCUCCUACAGUAUCUACAACAUUCACACACGGGAGGUGUGGGAGCUGGACCCCCCCGAGGUGGUGAACUCGGUGCUGCAGUACGCUGCCUGGGGGGUGCAGGGCCAACAGCUGAUCUACAUAUUUGAAAAUAACAUCUACUACCAAUCAGAUGUCAAGAGUAACUCCCUGAGGAUAACAUCUUCAGGGAAGGAAGGCAUCAUCUUCAACGGGAUCGCUGACUGGCUCUAUGAAGAGGAGAUCCUUCAGACCCAUGUGGCCCACUGGUGGUCCCCUGAUGGAGAGAGGCUGGCCUUCCUGGUCCUCAAUGACAGUCUGGUGCCCAACAUGGCGCUGCCCCGCUUCACCGGCAUGACAUACCCCAAAGGGAAGCAGUACCCCUACCCCAAGGCGGGCCAACCUAACCCGGUGGUGAAGCUGUACGUGGUGAAUCUUUACGGGCCGACGCACACGCUGGAGCUCAUGCCUCCAGAGACACUCAAGCUGCGUGAACAUUAUGUGACCAUGGUGAAGUGGAUCAGUAAGACCAAGACGUCGGUCAGGUGGCUGAACCGAGCCCAGAACAUCUCCAUCCUGACGGUGUGUGACACCACCACCGGAGCCUGCGUCACGAGACAUGAAGAAAGCUCGGAGCUCUGGCUUUCCCAACAGAACCAAGAACCUGUGUUUUCCAAAGAUGGCAGCCGGUUCUUCCUGACGGUCCCGGUGAAACAGGGAGGCCGUGGAGAGUUCCAUCACAUCGCCAUGUUCACCACACAGUUCAGAGCAGAUCAGAAUGAAGUGCGCCAUCUGACCUCGGGGAACUGGGAGGUGACCCGGAUCAUCGCCUACGAUGAGAACACUGACAACCUUUAUUUUAUCAGCACAGAGGGAUCACCACGACGACGGCAGCUUUUCAGUGUGAAGACGGUGGGUCUGUUCCCACGCCGGUGUCUGACCUGCGAGCUGAACAAAGCUCACUGUCUGUACUUCGAUUCUGACAUCAGCCCCACCAACCAGCACAUUAUCCUCCACUGUAAAGGUCCUGGAGCACCUACUGUGAUCUUACACAGCCUCAUUCAUUCAAAUUACUACAUCCUGGAGAACAACUUGCUGCUGAAGGCCACCCUGCAGUUCAAAAGGAUCCAGAUGACCGACUUCAGAACCGUGCAGAUGGAACAUUUUGAUUUACCUUUAAAGAUCUCCUAUCCUCCAGACUUCUCUGAGUCCCGUCACUAUGGCCUACUGCUGCUUAUAGACAGCGCCCCCGGUGGCCAGGCGGUGAGCGAGCGCUUCUCUCUGGGCUGGGACUCGGUGCUGGUCAGCUCAGACAGCGUCAUCGUGGCCCGUCUGGACGGCCGGGGCAGCGGCUUCCAGGGUCAGAGGAUCCUGCACGAGGUCCACCAGAGGCUGGGGACUGUGGACGUCCAGGACCAGAUCGCUGCAGUGGAAUUCAUGAUGACAUUUCCAUAUAUUGAUCGAACACGGAUAGCAGUGUUUGGAAAGGGUUAUGGAGCGUACAUAACAUUAAUGAUGCUCAAGUCCACGGACAGCCUCUUCAAAUGUGCAUGUGCGAUGUCUCCGGUGACGGACUGGAAACUCUAUGCAUCAGCGUUCUCUGAGAGAUACCUGGGCAUGCCAUUACGGGAUGACAGCAGAUAUCAGUUUUCCAGCGUGCUGCAGAGUGUCCAGGCGCUGAAAGAGCAGACGCUGAUGCUGGUGCACGGCACAGCAGAUGCAAACAUUCACUUCCAGCAUACUGCUGAGCUCGUCAAGAACCUGGUGAAAGUUGGAGCAAACUACUCAAUGCAGAUCUACCCAGAUGAGGGCCACUUCCUGUCCCAGCAGAGUCGCGUGCACCUCUACGCCACGCUGACCAGCUUCUACAGGGAGUGUCUGAAGGAGGAGCUCCUACCGCUGCCCGAUGACGAAGAGGAGGAGGAGGAGGAGUAGGGGGAGGCUUUGAGGGUCGGACCUUUGGCAGAGCUUGAAGGAUUUUGCUCAAAUCCGUCAAGGCCUUUCACGUAUUGGACCAAGUGUUUAGCGAGACAUGGACAUUGGGUUAGAGCUGCUAAUGCUCCUAAAGUGUGUGUGUGGCUGUGUGUGUGAGCACUCCGGUGUGUGACUGUGUACGUGUAAAUGUGUUGAAAAGAUAACUGAAGGACACAACAGUGACACUUUCUUUGAGGCGGGAACUGGCCUCCAGUCGUCCCAUUUUUUGGACGCUUCGUUUCUUGGCAAAGCGCACAGAAGAGAUCCUCCAUGUUUCGUCUUCAUCCACAGUGCAUGGUUCUUUUCCCCCUAGCCGCCUCACACAUCUCGACAUGUUAGUCCCCAUGGUGGUAACACUUGCAGAGGAAGAACACAGCUGUAUACUUUGAACUCACCUCUCCUUUGGUUGAUGUAUUGUUGCACAGAUAAAUGCUCCAGAGGAAAUGUUUAGUCACUCAAGUUCACCACAACAGAGCCCAUCCUGAAUAAGAGCUACUUCCUGCUGAAACCCUCCCCAUCGCCCACCCUUAAUAUAAAAAAGUCUUUAUAGGUCACACUUUAUUGUACAGGGGUCUUGUGUAGACAUGUACAAUGCCUUAUGAGGUUCAACAUACUGUAAUAGUACUUGCUGGCAGUGGUAGUCAUACAUUAGCAGUGUCAUGUUAACCUAUGUCAACUCAGGUCCUCGAGACAUGACUCCAUCAUCAGUUUAGCAUCAGCUCCAACACCAUAGCAGCUGCUCGCUUAGGAACAAGUGAUGCAUACGGUAUGAAGAUUAUUGAAAUGUGGUUUACACUUAAAGGGAUAGUUUAUAUGUUUUGAAGUGGGCUUCUAUGAGUUACUUAUCUCCAGUGGUGGAAAAUAACUGAGAACAUUAUUAAGUACAUUACAUUUAGUAUUGUAUUUAUGUAAUUUUUUGACAUAUUUAUAAUUACUUGAGUUUUUCCAUGUAAUGC